UUGCUAGAAACGUGUCAUCCGGGUACUUUUUAUAGCAUACAGGCGGUGGACAUGUUUGUUGUGAGCAGAGGAACAUUCAUGCAGUUGAUUUUUUGAGGGUGUUAUUUUGCAAUAUUGGUCUUUUUACAAUAAAAUUGUGUUUGUUGUUUGCUUCUAUUUCUUAUUUUCUGUAGCGUUGAGAGAAAUAAUCUUAUAAGAAAAUGAGCCAGCGGUCUGCAAGGGAAUCUGGAUAUAUUCCAGAUAAGAUUAAAAAAGCUGAAAUGCGGAUAGAGGAAGAUCAGUUUGAUAUGGAAGCGUGGAGUGUUCUUAUAAGAGAUGCUCAGCACAAAAAGAUAGAAGAUGCUCGGCAGCUGUUUGAAAGACUUGUCGCUCAGUUUCCUAAUGCAGGCCGUUAUUGGAAGCUCUACAUAGAACAAGAGAUGAAAUUUAGAAACUAUGAAAAAGUAGAAAAGUUAUUCCAAAGAUGUCUUAUCAAGAUUUUAAACAUUGACUUAUGGAAAACGUAUCUUAAUUAUAUAAAAGAAGCGAAAGGAAGUCUUCCCUCCUACAGAGAAAAGAUGGCACAGGCAUACGACUUUGCUCUGGAUAAGAUUGGCAUGGACAUAAUGUCGUACCAGGUCUGGGCAGACUACAUCAGUUUCCUCAAAUCUGUGGAAGCAGUAGGAUCAUAUGCAGAAAACCAAAGGAUAGCUGCAGUCAGGAAAGUUUACCAAAGAGGUUGUGUUAACCCCAUGGUCAAUAUAGAACAACUGUGGAAAGAUUAUUGUGCUUAUGAAAAUAGUAUCAAUCCUCUAAUAGCCAAGAAGAUGACAGAAGACAGAGGGAGAGAUUAUAUGAAUGCUCGCAGGGUUGCAAAAGAGUAUGAGCUGGUGACAAAAGGAUUGAAUAGGAAUGCUGUAUCAGUGCCACCUCAGAAUACUCCAGAUGAAGCUAAACAGGUUGAACACUGGAAAAAGUACAUACACUGGGAAAUGAGCAAUCCACUAAGGACUGAAGACCAGGCUCUGAUUGCUAAAAGAGUGAUGUUUGCCUAUGAGCAGUGUUUACUGUGCCUGGGCUAUCACCCUGAUGUUUGGUAUGAAGCUGCUUCCUACCUGUCUGAAACCAGCAAAAUAUUGACAGAGAAAGGGGAUCAGAAUGCUGGGAAGCUGUUUGCUGAUGAGGCAGCAUCGGUGUAUGAGAGGGCAAUCACAUCACUUCUGAAGUCCAAUAUGCUUCUCCACUUUUCCUAUGCAGAUUUUGAAGAGGGAAGGAUGCGACAUGAAAAGGUUCAUAGCAUUUACAAGAAACUCAUAGUGAUUCCAGAUAUAGACCCAACUUUGGUUUAUGUCCAGUACAUGAGGUUUGCACGAAGGGCUGAGGGUAUCAAGACAGCACGCACAGUAUUCAAGAUGGCACGAGAAGAUUCUAGAACAACAUAUCACGUGUAUGUUGCAGCUGCUUUAAUGGAAUAUUACUGCAGUAAGGACAAAAAUGUUACAUACAAAAUAUUCGAGUUAGGCUUAAAAAAGUAUGGUCAUAUACCCGAAUACUGUUUAGCAUACAUAGACUAUAUGUCACAUUUAAAUGAGGAUAACAACACAAGGGUGCUGAUAGAGAAGGUUUUGUCUGGUCCUCUGUCCCCCGAGAACUCUAUGGAAGUUUGGUGGAAGUUUCUAGAAUUUGAGUCAAAUGUUGGAGACUUGGCAAGUGUUCUCAAGGUUGAGAAAAGGAGAGCAGUAGUAUUAGAGAAGCUUAAAGAAUUUGAAGGCAAAGAGACAGCUCAACUAAUAGACAGAUACAAAUACAUGGACCUUUUCCCCUGUUCUCAAAAUGAGUUGAGAGCUUUGGGAUAUCAGAGUCUAGUAAAACAGAGUGUCCUCCAUGUGCCACUGCAGCUGGGAAAUGAACCUCAAACAUUACUAGCAACUGAGGAAGAAGAGGCAGUAAAAAGACCAGAAUAUCCAAAACCAGACACAUCUCAAAUGAUACCAUUUAAACCCAAAGCCAUAGUUCCUACCGGUGCACACCCUGUAGAGGGAGGGGUUUUCCCCCCACCCCCAGCUGCCGCACAGUUACUCACAAUGAUCCCACCACCAGAUUGUUUCACGGGUCCUUUUGUUCUCAUGGACAAAUUCAUAGAACACAUGAAGGACUUAAAGCUCCCUGAUGCCCCGCCCCAGUCACCCAUGGUAAAUGGAGACAUGGACUCAGGCACCGCUCUGUCAGCUGAAAUGGCGUCUGGUAGGAAACGCAAGGCAGCAGGAGGGGAUGACAGCGAUGACGAGGACAGUAAUCUGGUACCACCAGUUCAUGAUAUCUAUAGAGCUAGACAACAGAAGAAAGUGAAAUGAAUUGGCCUUGCUCACUGAAAAGAGUGAAAUAUGUGUUACUGUGCAAAAGUGUUCUGUAUGUAGGUGUACAGCAAGUAAUAAAUAUGUAAAAAGUUCUCUUUUCACUUCAUUAAUUCCAGAUGAAAAAGGUGAAAUAGUUUUUCCUCUGGUGUAUGUUGACCAAGUUUGCAGAUCAAAGAGAAUUAGGAACAUCUCAUAAUUGUGAACUAGGUAGAGAAAACUUUUUUGUAGAACCGGACUGAACAGGUCAGCGAAAGGUUUAGUUCACCUGACAUUUGUGACUCACCUGUGUACUCAUCAUGUCCUUCAUAAGCUUCAUUUUUUACCAUUCUCAAAGGUCAUAAUAUCAGUCAGACGGUUAAAGUUAUCCAUCUUUUUUUAAAAAAAUGAGGACCCCUUUGUUUAAGAAAAAGAUCCCUCAAAAUUAAACCAAGUCAAAAAACAUACUUUUAGUUUUAAACCUUAACAGAUGUUAACAAAACAGUUUUUGUGGAUUGAACUCACCAGGCAGCAGCACUGUAGAACUGUAAGAUAUGUAUAUUAUUUUUGAGGUUCCCUUUCCUAUGAUUUAAAGGAAGUGCAUGAUUGUAGACUUAAUUGUCUUAGCAGCAUAGCACUGGAGUAAGUAUUGGUUAGUUGACUGUUCUUUAUAUUCCAAAUAAAACUGUAGAUAUUUUUGUUCCUGGUAUUUUUAUCACACUCAAUCUAGAUUGAGUGAAUUUAAUAAUAGGGGGAAACUCUUACCAUUUCUUCAUUGUAUACACUCAGCCAUAAAUUCUUACGUUCAAACUUUGCCAUUGUGGAUACCAAAAGGUUAAUCUUUCUGUCUCCAAAUUUGUGUGAGAUCCUGUCAAUUUUAACCAAGUUCCCUUAACACAUUUUCCAUUAA